UGGGCCACCUGUUGACUAGAAAAAUAACCAAAAAACCAUGGCGCCGGUUGUCACGAUGGAGUUCGCCUGCAGCCACGUGGUCUGUGAUUGGAGGCCUGAAGCAGCAGGUGUUUCUCUCAUCAAGCAGCAGAGCGACAACACAGUGGCUGGUAAACAACAACAACAACAAGGCCCGGUUCCUCCGCCGCUGCCCCCCCGUCGCCUCGGGAAACCUCGGCCCACCUCUCUGCCUCCCGUCGCUCCUCGUUCCCUUCCUCCUCCCGUCGCUCCUCGUUCCCCCCCUCCUCGUUCCCUUCCUCCUCCCGUCGCUCCUCGUUCCCUUCCUCCUCCCGUCGCUCCUCGUUCCCCCCCUCCUCAGGGGAGGAAGCCGCGUUCCUCCGCCGCGUUCCACCAGUCGUGGAGGGGGGAGGAAGCCGGCUGA